AUUCGAGUCAUUUUUGGCCAAGAGUGCGUGGAGUGUUGGAAGUCAUCAGUUUUUGUGGUUUGGCUCAUGUUUCUCGGACUCGAUGUGCUUUGAUCCAGAGCCGAAUUCACAAGUGAAGCCCAGCAGGCUUGCAGAACUGACUUUACUGUGCAUUCUGGAACGAAAACCCUUUUGCACUAUUUUCUCGCGCUAUGGUCUUGCGCUACGUAGCCCGCGCAGCUCUUCUGAGAAUCCCUGCAGCUGGUGAUGGCAUGACCGAACGAGUUUUCUGAAGGGCAGAGGCGGAUGCAAUAGACCUGGUGAUGUGAUGAGAUCACAACACGGCAUUCAGCAGGACAAGGUGAUGACCUUUCGGCGAGGCAUUCAGGACCAAAGUGAGGCCUGGGCCAAGCUCUAUGACAAGAAAGAGAAGGAGGCCAUGAAAGUGGCGAAUCCCAAAGAAACCUUGCGGAAGAUGUAUGACAAGCUGGUCACCCCAAAGUUGCAAAGACAUGGCGCCAGCGCGCCUUUGCCGUUUGAGGAUGAAAGCAGCAGAGGGAACGUUACAAGUUCAAAAGAAGAAAAUGCAAAGAAAAAGGCUAAGAAGGGUGAUGGCAAGUCUGCAUCGAAGAAGGAAAGGGAGAGGGCAAAAAAGAAGAAAAAGAAAAAGAAGUCCAAGAAGGCCAAGUCGACCAGCUCUAGCUCUUCUAGCUCCACAAGCACCACGUCAUCAAAUUAAUUCCAAAAUAUAUUGUUUAAUAUAUAAUUGAUUAAUAUAUACAUUAUAUAUUAUUUAUUAAAUCAUUGAAAUAUGAUUUUUGAUGUUAUUUUCUUAAAUAUAUAUAUAUCCCUAG